AUGGUUAUUAAUUGUUAUUGUAUAGCAGACUGCAUUGUCAAAAGGAGAUAUGGGAAAUCACUCAUAUAUGAAAUUCUACCAAUAUUACACAAUAAAUCCAGAGACAAAACUGCAUUCGUUAUUGUCAUUGUGCCACUGAAUGUGAUCCUGGAUCAACAACUUAGAAAGUUUGGGAAUAAAGCCAUAAGCCUCUCUGCUAACCUAAAAUAUCUCAACUCUACAUCUCCAGAAGGGACAAAGUUACUCAAUGGCCAUUAUACUUACCUUUUUGCUCAUCCUGAAAGCAUCAUUGACCAGAAGCCGGUGAAUGACAUAUUUUUGCAUAAACACUUCCAAGAAGAUGUGAAAAGCUAUAUUGUUAUUGAUGAGGCCCACUGUAUUCUGGACUGGGGGGACAGCUUUCGACCAAGCUUCCAGAGACUACAUAAGCUGCGAGCAGUACUGCCACAUGCUACUAUACUCGCAAUGACUGCAACGCUAUCACUGAAGGGACAGAAUGAUAUUGCAAAGCUACUUGCAUUAAAGAAUCACAAGGUUGUCUCUACAUACCCUGCCAGAGACAAUAUUUCUAUCAUUGUCAUCAAGAGGCCUGCAGCAACAUCAGCAGGGGAGGAAUCAGCUCAAUUUUCAGUUGAAUACUGCAUUGAGCCUUUAAUCUUAGAGCUGAUUGAUAAAGGACAGAACUUCCCACUGACCAUAGUAUAUUUCAGUGGAAGUCAGAAUUGGGUUGGAGUCAGUUAUGAACUGUCAAAAAACAUUCUUGGCCCCAAAUUCUAUGUUGAUUCUAACAAUGAAGACUCUGCCAGGGUUGUAAUGUAUCAUGCCUCACUGGAAAAAGGAUCUGAUCAGGUAAGACAUAUUAAACCUCUGCAUUUCAUAUUACAAAACUCCAAUAGUUCAUGUUUAAAAUGAUGUAAUAUCAUAAUCUUUAUCCACUGCAUUUAUUAUUGACAUAAGUGUGUACAUUUCAGGUAAAAGAAAAAAAAUCAAUAUCAGUUUUUGGCAUUAUUAAAACUCAAAUUCUUUUGUCACUUACUCAACAUGAAAAAUCAAAUAUACACAGUAAUAGAAACUUUGAAACAUCAGUUAAUCAUCUUGACAAGUAACAACAAUUUGAAUUUGUCACUUCUAAAUACAUUUGUACCAUUUUAACCUCACUUAGUGUUAUGCAUUUUGUCUUUUCAGCUCAGACAAACAAUAA